GCCAAAUAGGUAAAACAUCUACGGCGGUUACUUCCGGGUCACGUCAGAGCCAACCUUUCCUCAUUCCCAGCUUUAUCUCUCACUUGUCUUCAACGUUCACAAAUUCCCUUUUUGCAAUGUACCACCAACCCGUAUUGAAGAAUCGGCGCUCGCUUUUAGAGCGGGCCGAGAAGUUCGUUUCCGACAUUUAUUUUACAGACUGCAACCUGCGAGGACGGUUAUAUGGAGAAUCGCACCCACUGGAAUCCCUCAGCUCAAUUAUGUCCUGCAAACGCAUAACAUUCUCAGAAGCCCAAACGCAGAACUUUAGUCCUUAUAAAGUUGGAGAUAAGUUUGGACCGACGUGGUGGACGUGUUGGUUUAAAGCAGCCCUGAAAAUCCCUUCGUCCUGGAGAGGAAAAGAGGUUCAUCUUCUGUGGGAAAGUGAUGGAGAGGCGAUGGUUUGGAGGGAUGGGCAAGCAGUUCAGGGUCUGACUAAAGAAGGUGAAAAGACGAGUUACAUCCUUUCAGAUUGUCUCACAGAGGAGGAGGCAGCAAACAGUGUGAGUGUCUAUGUGGAGCUGGCCUGCAAUGGAUUUUUUGGAGCGGGUCAAGGGUCCAUGAUUGCAGCUCCAGACCCAAACAGAAACUUCUCCGUGCAGAAGGCAGAGCUGGUGGUGUUUAACAGAAAUGUCAGGGAGCUGCUGACUGAUUUUGAGAUGCUGAUUGACAUUGUGAAGGAAUUGGGCGAGAGUGAGCAGCGGAGCUUCCAGGCGCUUUUCACCGUCAAUGAAAUGGUUAACGUGAGCAACCCAGCUGAUCCCAGCUCUUUCACCAAAGCCCGCGCUCUGGCUCACAAGUUCUUCAGCCAGCGCAACGGCCAAAGUCAACACACUGUCCAUGCCAUGGGCCACUGCCACAUAGAUUCAGCUUGGCUGUGGCCUUACGAAGAAAGCAUUCGCAAGUGCGGUCGGAGCUGGGUGACCGCCAUCCGCCUCAUGGAAAAGAACCCACAGUUUGUUUUCACUUGUUCUCAGGCCCAGCAGUUUGAUUGGGUGAAGAGCUGGUAUCCAGGACUCUUCUCAGAGAUUCAGCAUUACGUCAAGACGGGACAGUUCGUCCCAGUCGGAGGCACGUGGGUGGAGAUGGAUGGCAAUCUCCCCUCAGGAGAAUCCAUGGUAAGGCAGUUUCUGGAGGGCCAGCGUUAUUUUGAGCAAGAAUUUGGGAAGAGGUGCAAAGAGUUCUGGCUUCCAGAUACGUUUGGCUACUCAGCACAGCUACCUCAGAUAAUGCGGGGUUGUGGAAUUUCCAAUUUUUUAACACAGAAACUCAGCUGGAACCUCGUGAACACCUUCCCUCAUAGCACAUUUUUCUGGGAAGGACUUGAUGGCUCCCAGGUCUUGACUCACUUCCCACCUGGAAAUUCCUAUGAGAUGAUGGGCAAGGUCCAAGACCUUGUUAAAACCGUCAAGCAGAACAAGGACAAAGGCCGGGCCAACCACAGCGCUGUGUUGUUUGGCUUCGGCGAUGGUGGCGGCGGUCCCACGCAGUUGAUGCUGGAUAGACUCGGUCGGGUCCGGGACACAGAUGGACUUCCCAAGGUUCACAUGUCCAGUCCUGACGAGCUCUUUUCUCAACUUUGGGCUGACUCAGAUCUGCUGUGCACUUGGAACGGAGAACUUUUCCUUGAGCUGCACAAUGGCACAUACACUACACAGGCACAGAUCAAGCGAGGUAACCGCCAGUGUGAAGCACUCCUACAUGACAUUGAGGUGGCCAGCAGCUUGGCACUGUAUCAGGACAAAACUUUUCAGUAUCCUGCGGUGGAGCUCCGGAAACUCUGGCGGCUUUUGCUGCUAAACCAGUUCCACGAUGUGAUCCCUGGCAGCUGUAUAGAGAUGGUUGUGGAGGAUGCACUGGGGUAUUAUGAAGAUAUCAACAGAACUGGUGCUGCUCUCCUGGAAAAUAGCCUUAGCGCCUUGGUGUCUAAGGGCAAUGCCACAGCGGUCUUCAACUCCUUGCCCUGGGAGCGUCUUGAAGUCCUCCAGAUACAAGAGGCCCCCGGUAAACAUGGUUUAGCUCUGGUGAGAGCUCCUAGCAUCGGCGUAGCUGCUAUUCAAGGCACAAAGCCUGUGACACCAGUCUGCGUUACUGUUCAGGCUGACGACAGUGUCCUGAUGGAAAACGGAAUCGUACGGACUGUUGUAAACAAAGAUGGAACACUGACAUCGUUGCAUUUGAUCACUGCAAACAGGGAAGCAAUGACGGAUGACUGCAGCGGUAACCAGUUUGUCAUAUUUGAUGAUGUACCGCUGUACUGGGACGCUUGGGAUGUGAUGGAUUACCAUCUUCAGACAAGGAAGGCGGUGGUGGAUGUGCUGCAGCCUGCCCACGUGCUGUCGUCACAUGAACUCAGAGGAAGCGUCAGAUUCACGCUAAGGAUCAGUGACAAGAGCACAGUCACGCAGGAGAUAGUGAUGGACGCCAUGUGUCCCUACAUUAAGUUCAACACGCAGGUGAACUGGGCUGAAUCGCACAAGUUUUUGAAGGUUGAAUUCCCAGUGCGAGUGCGCAGCCCCAACGCAACAUAUGAGAUCCAGUUUGGACAUCUGCAGAGACCCACGCACAGGAAUACAUCGUGGGACUGGGCCAGAUUUGAAGUUUGGGGUCACAAAUGGGCCGAUUUGUCAGAGCACAAUUUUGGAGUUGCUCUGCUCAAUGACUGCAAAUACGGCUAUUCGGUCCAUAAGAACACAAUGACGCUCUCUCUGUUGAGGGCACCGAAGGCUCCAGAUGCCAACGCUGAUAUGGGGACACAUCGUUUCACCUAUGCAGUCAUGCCACACGCAGGCUCCUUCCAAGAUGCCGGGGUCAUCCAAUGUGCAUACAACCUCAACUUCCCUCUGAGGUUAACGCCGUGCUUCCCGGAAACGGCCCCGCGGAGUGCCUUUUCCGUCAGCCCCGCUGGCGUUAUCCUGGAGACAGUAAAACAGGCUGAGGACAGAAAAGGAGCCCUUGUGGUCAGACUGUAUGAGGCUCACGGCGGCGGCGUGAUGGCAACCCUCUCCUCAACGCUUUCUGUCAAGGAGGCCUGGCAUUGUGAUCUUCUAGAGCAAAUUGACACUGCUCAGCCUGCACACGUGACUGCAGAUGGAAUCACUCUGAAUUUCAGCCCUUUUCAAGUCAGAUCAGUUCUGCUUGUUGUUGAUGCAUAAUGGACAUGAAAAAAAUAUGUA